AUGAUAACUGACGAUAUUCUGGUGGACGUGUUUCGAAUGGCGGACCUGGAGUCGUGCGUGGCUUUGAGUCACGUGACCAGAUCGUCGCGGGCGGUCUGGGCUGCUCUGGACACUUCUGUGGUUCGUGCCAAAGUGUUGGAGCGGGUUCCGUGGUUCGGUUUAGGUGGCGGUGAUUUCUCCUCGUGGACAACAUGUGCUCUGGUUGUGGUUUCACGCACUAAGCGAGCGUUGGCAGAUACCCACGGUCUAGGCGACAGACCUGUUUUGCUCAAAUCCAUGGCGGUGCCUCUGUCGCUGAGUUGCAACAAGGUGGAGGAAGUGACUAGUGUGGACAUUUCACGAGAUGCUCAGAGACGUUUUAGCAUGAACCCUCUUUUUCCAGAGGAGCGCAUUGAAACGACGGUGGGGAAAUACGCCGUUUUGGAGGGCGUUCAGCUGCUUUCAUCAAAAACGGCCCUCGACUUAUCCUCCAUGGAAAUCUCCAAGUCGGAUUACGACAAGUGGAGCCCUCCCAAAACAUCUACCGCACUCACAAAUAAAGCCGUCUCCUCCUCAUCUGGAAUCGAGGUGCAGUUAACUACUGAAGAGGACGGUGGGACGAUCGAGGUCAUUGACGAGAAUGAAACGUUUGUGCUGGUUCGAUUCUCAACUUCAAAUCAUGGACCUGCGGAGGAGCUGCUUCUCAAGACCCCCACCACCACAAGACUUGAGGUGGACCCCGAAAUGUCCAACGGUACUCGCCGGCUUUACAAGUCAGAUCAUAACGAGACGGGAAUGAUCAAUCUUCUACCGGAAAGAGGAGCUUUGAUGUACAGGCUGGUGGGCGAUGGAACAGAAAACUCCCAGCUGUUCCACAUUGACGACAACAUGAACCCGUUGGUGAUCUGUCAACUCACGCGGUUUCAGCAACUGCCUCUUUUCUACAACAUUCAUCAGCGGUUCUUCGUGUGCUAUGAGGGGUACCUGUUUCUGUUUUACGAAGGUCGUUUUCACCGACUGUGGGUCGAUUUAGGCAUCCGAACACCCGGCAAUGAAGUUCUGUGUGCCUGGAAUCAAGCAUUCCCCGCCAUUGGCUCUCUGUUGGAUUCUAGACAGGCCGUCAUGGAGGAGGGAGUGGAGUUUAGGAUCAUGCAAGGACCAGGAGACCUGAGCCGGUAUGUUGGCAUUAGAGGGACUGGAAGGGUGGUUGGUGAUUUAAAGACAGGAACGACUUAUUUCGCCAAGGACGCGGCUGUUGCUGAUCAGUUUGGUAUACCUUUUGUGGAAAACGGCACGUUGGGCUUUUACACGUGUGAGAAGAGAGUCAUGGACGUUGUGGAGACCAAAUUUUCUGAGAUUAUUGAUGGAAAAAGCAAGGACAGCAAUUUGGCUGGAUUCUUUGACGACCUGUGUGAAAAAGACACAAGGGGUGAGCUCAAGAAGGCGAGAAAACUGAAGAAGAUGAAACGUCGGAAAACUAAACAGGACCAGGGCAAGGACGAGCUGCAUCUUAACAACCAGUGGCAAGUCGACGACUAUUAUAGAGACUUUGACUGGCCUCUAGAAUUGAGCUCAAGUGUGUUUGAUUCUGGGGAGUUAGAGCCGGUAUUCUAG